UAAAGUUUACCUACUGCUCUUUGCAAACUACAAUUAACUCUAUUAAUUCUCGUCACGACAACUUCUCACAUACCUCGAUAUACCUAGCUAUUGUGAAUCGCACAGCCACCCGAGUCUUGUGGGACUAAUCGAACAGUGAAACUUACCCAUAUUACGAUUCACGACUACUAAGAUCAAGAUGGAGAAGGAUAACGCAAAUCCCACUAUCCUAAAUACUUCCCAGCUUCCGACCCGACAGCGCAAGAAGGGACGGAGAGUUCAGAGAACAGCCGAGUCUAAGAUCCUUGACAUCAUGCGUAAACCACAAUACCUAUCAGACUCCUUAUACAAUUCUGGUACAUCGUGGUCCGAUGAUACCGAGAGUGACGACGAAUUCACUGCCGAACCUAUUGACGAGCAGGAGGUUUAUGAUCUCAUCUCUUCCAUUUCUGAUCCCGAGCAUCCGUUAUCGCUCGGUCAGUUAGCAGUGGUGAAUUUGCCCGAUAUCCGUAUAUCACCCUCUCCCUCAGUAGAUGCGGAUCCCAACACUUUGACACAAGUACUUGUCAAGAUUACUCCCACCAUUACACACUGCUCGCUCGCAACCGUCAUCGGCCUCGGUGUGCGAGUGAGGCUAGAACAGGCUCUUCCCCCCAACUAUCGGGUGGAUGUCGUGAUCAAGGAGGGAACCCACAGUCAGGACGACCAGGUCAACAAACAAUUAGCAGACAAGGAAAGAGUUGCAGCAGCAUUAGAGAAUGACACCCUCAAGGGAGUAUUAGACAAAAUGUUGGAGACUUGCGUUUGAGACACCUUCUAGUAGCGACCUGAGUUCGGAAUAGUUUAAGGCCAAAGAUACAAGAUGCCAUUAGACGAUUCGAGAACAGUUCAAGAAACUAUAAACGUGGAAGUACAAGCUGACGACGGUCCCUUCAAUCUCUUAGAGAUGUCUGCGCCACUCCGGUCAACUUUGGAAUAUCGAAUGUUCGUCCAAGCUUCUCGAAGACAAGAAAUUCAUGCACACCGGUCUAGCUAUCGCCCACUCAGAGACUAGACAGACAGCUUUACUCGUCUUGGUAGGCCUAGAAACGGCAACUAUCAUUUAAAGGUCCACACCGGUCUAAAACCGGUUUAAACCGCCGAGCUUUUGCUGUCAGACGCGGGAUGGAUAUCAACAAUCAUCUCAUAGGGCACGGAAGUUUAUGGCCUGAGAAGCUUAAGAAGCUUGAAAGUUACCCGUCUUUGGUAGUCUGUUCAACGUCUAGACACCUUGACUAGCCCAGAAUGAUACCACUCAUUUCUAGGUACAUAAGUGUUCUUCAGAAAAGUCGUUCAGAUACCUUCAACUACAUUACAUAUGUACAUAGAAAGUGAGACAGCUU